AUGGCGUCCGUAUAUAAAUCGAUAUCAAAAAAGAAGCAAGAGCGCCUCGUCGCCGACGAAGUAGACGAGGAUGAAGACAUGGAUAUGAACGAUCUGAUCGACGAAGAGACCAGUGACAGCGACGAUGAUGAAGAAGAUGAAGUCGAAGAGAAUGGUGCCAAUGGUCAACAAAAUGGCAAAAAUGAGGGAUUUAUGCCCAAGACUCGCGUUUUGAUGCUUACUUCUCGGGGUGUUACGCACCGACACCGAUAUCUCCUCUCCGACCUCGCUGCCUUACUCCCUCAUACACACAAAGAGAACAAGCUAGACACCAAGAAGAGCGGCGGAUACAACAUGCUCCUAAACUCUCUCGCUGAACUACACUCCUGCAACGUCGUCUUCUUCCUCGAGGCCCGCAAACGUGGUCAGGAUUUGUACCUCUGGCUCUCUCGCCCACCCAACGGCCCCACAAUCAAAUUCUCCGUCACAAAUCUGCACACCAUGGGCGAGAUGGGUACUGGAUUCGCAGGAAAUUGUUUGAAAGGCGGUCGCGGCGUCGUCGUCUUUGACAAAUCGUUUGAUGAAAAGGGUCCCGAAGCCGUGAGCCAGACCGGCACGGAGUAUCGUGGACUUAUUAGAGAGAUGCUUCGCAAGGUCUUCUGUGUGCCCAAGCGUGGCGUCAAGGGUAUGAAGCCAUUCAUCGAUCGCAUUAUUGGUGUCUUUGGCGUCGACGGCAAGAUCUGGAUCCGAGUCUACGAAAUCCGGGAAUCUGAAGCGGGAAGCAAAGGCAAAGAAGACCAGGCAGAAGACAAGAAGGCAGCCAAGGGCGCAAAGGCUAGCGGACCGGAAGUAUCGCUUGUUGAAAUCGGUCCCCGUUUCGUUCUUACACCUAUUGUUAUUUUGGAGGGUAGUUUUGGUGGACCCGUCAUCUACGAGAACAAGGAAUAUGUCAGCCCGAACCAAGUCCGUCGCGACAUCCGUCUGGAGAAGGCUAGCCGAUAUGCGCAAAGAAGAGACGUGCAGGCAGACCACGAAGUCAAGAAAUCGUCCUUGGGUCUUGGAAAGGAAGGCAGGAAACCAGGUGCUUUGGAUACGAGGGAGGUGUUUGCUUAA